AUGGACCUUCCGGACAUCAUCGCUGUCAAAAGGCUCGAGGUACGCAUGAUCGUAGGCGUCGACAACUGGGAGCGCGUCCAAGCUCAGCCGGUCACUAUCGAUGCUCGCGUUCACACUGAUGUUUCCAAAGCGGGCCAGUCGGAUCACUUGCCUUACAGCAUCCACUACGGCGUUCUGGUCAAGCAGCUCGAAGCGCAUUGCGCAAAUCAUCGUUAUCGCAGCCUCGAGGCGCUCGCAGAAGGGCUUGCAAAGGUGUGCCUCUUUGUGCUCCACGCUCCCAAAGUCACGCUCAACGUCGAAAAGCCUCGCUCCCUCCUUCAUGCCGCUUCAGCCGGUGUCCAGAUCGUCCGCACCUCUGCCGACUACAUGCUCGGCGAUGCCCACCCCAUCCCGGCCGGAAUCGACCCGGUCCAGCGAAUAGACGAGCUCAGACUUUCGCCUUCCUCUAAACACGCUCUGGACGACAAAGUCAUCGUGCGAGACCUCAUCAUCAACACCAUCGUCGGUGUCAACCCGUGGGAACGAGAGGACAAACAGAACGUCAAGCUCAACUUGGUUGUCUACUCGGGACUCUCUCGGGCCAAGACUGGGUUCGUCGAUGUGGUCAACAAACAGCACAACUACCGCACGAUCGUACGCAGUAUCUCCGAGUAUGUGGCAGCGAGCUCCUACAAGACCGUCGAGAGUCUCGCAACAUCGAUAGCAAGGGUCGCCGUCGUUCAAAAUAAGGUCGAAAAGGUCCGCGUGAGCGUCGACAAGCCGAGUGCCAUCAUGUUUGCCAGCAGCGCCGGUGUCGAGGUGGAGCGCACGCACGAGUUCUUCGAGCAGGAAGCUGCUCGAGAAGGCCAGCAGCUCCGCGCUGCCACCUCGUCAUCCGUCGUUGCCGCUGUUUCCACCCCCGCUGUCUCGUCACCCAACGCGUCGUCAGCCUCGCAUCCGUCACCUAGCACGACAAACCCGGUGACUGCCCUCGAGCAAGGCUGGCAUGUCGCGGCCAUCGCCCUCGGCUCCAACGUCGGCGACCGGGCGGCCAACAUCGAGGCUGCUGUGCAGGCCCUCAGCGAAGCCAAGGACUGCCUUCUUGUCGACACAAGUUUCCUCUACGAGACCGCACCCAUGUACGUCGUGGAUCAGCCCAAGUUCCUCAACGCCGCCUGCCGCAUAGCGACCAAGCUUAGUCCGCAUGACCUGCUCGCUCUCACACAAUCCAUCGAAGUCCGACUCGGUCGAGACAAGACAGGCGUCCCAGACAAGGGGCCGCGUUCCGUUGACCUCGACAUCCUAAUCUACGACAAGCUUGAGAUCGACGAUGCACCACGGCUCGUCGUCCCUCAUCCGGGCAUCAAGGAACGAGAAUUCGUACUCGAGCCGCUCAAAGACAUCCUGCCAGACUUUGAACAUCCGACCUACUCCCGUACCAUGUCGCAGCUUCUCAUCAUGCUUCAGAAGUCCCCCGACUACGAGCCCAGCGGCAUCCGAAAGGUGUUGCCCAUUCCGUCGCCCAGCACACGAAUCGGCAACCCUAGCGUAGACACAAAGACGUGGACCUGGGGUUCCAAGACCUUCAUCAUGGGCAUCAUCAACGCUACUCCGGAUUCGUUCUCGGAUGGCGGCGACAACCUCGUGGCUGUUGACGCAGCGCGAUCGGCCAAGGCGAUGGCAGAUCAGGGCGCCGACAUGAUCGAUGUUGGAGGAAUGAGCACAGCUCCUAAUGCGGCAGAAGUAGACGCAACUGAGGAAGCGAGGCGUGUGGUGUCGGUCAUCAACGCCAUCCGAGAAGCAGGAAUAAGCACACCUGUAUCGGUCGACACUUUCCGCGCAUCGGUAGCAGAAGCGGCGCUCUCAGCAGGCGCCGACGCGAUCAACGACGUUUCGGGAGGCGAGCGCGACCCAGCAAUCCUCGAAGUGGCAAAGAAGUGGAAGUGUCCCUACAUCCUGAUGCAUAUGCGCGGAGACAGCAAGACGAUGAACGGGCUCGCCACGUACGAAGGCGGCGACGUCGUCGCCGGUGUACGUGCCGAACUCGAAGUGCGUCUCGAUCGUGCGCUCAGAGCAGGCGUUCGACGUUGGAACAUUGUCCUCGAUCCCGGCAUCGGCUUUGCCAAAGAUAGCGCCGGCAACCUCGCGCUUUUGCGCGAUCUGUCGAGGCUCACGCUAGCGGAAUCGGUGACCAAGUCAACCAAGGGCAGAGGCGUCGCCUAUUCGGGUACAGCGACUCCAGCUCUGGAUCGGUCCGUGUUCGAAUCAACGUCGCCCACACCUUCUGCCGCCCAAGCCGGUCCGGAUUCGAUCACCCGACCGUGCUGCUCGCUGGUCUCGUUCCCAACUUUGAUUGGCGUAUCGCGUAAAAAGUUCCUGGGCCACCUUACAGGCAAGCAGGACCCCAAGGAACGCGUGUACGCUACCGCUGCGGCUUGCACGGCUGCCAUCGCCGCUGGUGCUGAUAUCCUGAGAGUGCAUGACGUCGAGCAAAUCCGCGAUGUAGCUAUCACAUCCGACGCCAUUUUCCGGCAGUAA